AUGGAAGGUAUCGACGAUGACUUCUUUUCCGACGAUGGCUUCGAUGAUAUACCCCCGGAUGCGUUACAGCAGCUCGAGCACGAUGCCUUUCUCGCAACACAGCUUGGACAACAGACACAGGAACGCGCGGAGCUUGUGCCGGAGACACGAUUGAACUGGGCCCCGCGCGACAUUACCGAUCGUUAUCCCCAGAACGAACCGACAAAUGCCGCCAAUGCCACCCUCCAGCCACCUGCGCAGCUGCACACGGGGUUAACAAAUGAUUAUGGAGCGCUGGAUGUUGGGGAACUCGACGCGGAGGUAUUAGAUGACGACCCUAGCCCUGAAGUCGUAUUGGACAAGUCUGCUACGUUUCCAGACCGGCCGUCUCAUUAUGCUCCUGAUACAAUUGUAUUAAACGAGGACGAAGAAGGCCCUAUGGAGACUGGAGGUGGAUUAUCGGUUUUGCCUGAUUUGCACAAGGAUCACCAACUUCUCGAAGCGAAGAUCCAAGAAGAAAAUGACCGGUAUUCUCGAAUGGAGAGCGAGCUUGCGAACGCCAAAUCCAUGGCCGAAACGAAAACGGGUGAAAUCGCUAUCAUCCGGUCAAACCAAGCGAAACUGAUCGGCGAUUACGAACGGCAGCUAUCUAAUUUGCGAAAGGCUAUGGCUGAAGAGCUAGCCAAGCAUAAAGAGGAAGUAGAGGCCGCACGCGAGGAGGGCAAAAUGCUGGCUACGGAAAAUGCGUUUUUGAAACAGGAUCUUGCCGAAGAAGCGUCCAGGAUAAAUCAAAUGAGAGCAAAGGCACGGACAGAGGAGAAGGCCGCGCCGGUGACACCAAAGAAAUCUAAGGUCCUACCUUUUCGAGACGGCUUCAACGACGAGGAAAUCCUCGCAGAGUCUCCCAGCAAAUCUGGGAAAUCCAAACGCACGACGCCAACUUUGGCUGGAAAGAAAAGAAGAAGAGCGAGCAGAGAUAGUCCAACCCCUCUCCAGCUUACGCCUCAUGGAGGAGCAAUUGGAAUGGAUGUUGCCGAUGAUGCGGCGGAUGAGGCAAUGUCAGAUAUCGCAAUGGACCAGCCCAUACCUAAAGGGCCUUCGCUAAAGCGCGAACCUCCGAAUACACAUCUCAUGAAGCAGAUUCUGAAUCACCGAACACUACCCCACAAAUCGGACAUUGAAGCUAUGGCUGAGUUGGCAUUUCCCUCAGAACCGGAGCGGACACUGUCUACUAUCCUUUUUGAGGAGACAACGAAACAUGAUCUCGGCAACUACGCGGUGGAGCAUAUGCAGGCGAUAUUAUCAAUGUGGUCUCGAGCACUUCAGGAAAAGUUCUUUCAGCCCAUACCGAUGUUUUUGGAAGUCACAUAUUUUAUACUUGCCUUUGACGUCUCUUCUAUCUUGAGUUUAAUUGACCCUUUGGUACUCUUGCUGCAGGAGACCGUUGAAGUCAACGGGGUUCCUCGUUUCAAACAUUCUCCUUACGCACGUCAGAGCUUUGGGCAGGUGCGGCCAACUCCUCCAUCUGAGCUUGAACCGUUAGUGGAUUCAACCGAACACGUUCGAAUGCUGUAUAAAAUAGCUUGCCGGAGUUUGGACAAUGACCGGGCGCUGGAGGACUUCUGGCGCCGUAUCCAUUACUCCUUCGUCUUGAUGAUGUUGAGCUGCUCGCAACCCGUCAAGGACGUCAAGUUAACGCUGAGUUUACUCAUGACCAGCGUCCGUGCCAAUUCGUUCGGAUCUAUCCAGGAAUCCGACCAGGACCAAAGUGCGAAUGAACAAUACAUUGUUGAUCGGGUAGCUAGCCUUCUAUGUGAAACGCUGCAGCCGGAUGAAGGCCAGCCUCGGUACACCCGGGCUGAGAUCUGCGACAUGCGGUUGGAGGCGAUAGCUUUUUUGAUGGCCGUGGUUUUCAAUCCCAUUGUACCGGCAGAUACUCAUGGGAGUCUUGUCAUCGCAUCACAUCCCACAACAUUGGCAAAACUGAUCAGGGCCAUGCAUGAUGAGCUAAACUCGCUCUAUUCAUACCCACCGGAGAGAGAUAUGCACUCGCAGAUGAUAAACGAACUCAUGCGCCUGAUAUAUAGUGUUAUACGCCGGCACCCCGGAGAGGUUGACCUGCAGUCGAAACUUCAGCGGAUCCCGGGCGGGAAACAGAAAUUCCUGGUGGUGAUGACGCGACUCGCUUUUAGCGAAGGCUUAGUUCUCGAGGCGGGCAUUGAAGACGAGUCUGUAGAGAUGGCGCAUGGGAUCCUCGACGACGCGGUGAACCCAGAGGAGGCGGAAGCGUUGCUUGAAGCGUUUCCACAUGCAAAAUGGGAGGACACGGAGGCAAAGAGUGCAGAGAAGAAAGAUACGCAGAUGAAGGACUAG